UGCCCCACACGGAUCUACGAGCCGCUUCCGUCGAGUGGAGUUGACCUAGUGGGGAUCAUCAGCCUCCUCGUCGUUCGUUUACUUCUGCCUUGGAGUUGGUUGUAUCAGAUUGCCUCACUAGCUACUAUUGUGCGUUCCAUGACAACCACGAAUAUGUAUGGCAACGGCCUAAGGUCGCCAAAGCUCACAAUGCAGUCAUACCUGCUUGGAAGGCUCGCUGUUCUGCUCGGCAUCUUUGCCGCUGCGGUCAACGCUCAAGGUGUCACCGCUGACAUUUCCCCGCCGACCAAAGCCCCAGCCGGAUGCCAGGCGAGCUUCCCAGGAAAGUUCGAGGUCACGGUUAUCCCUGCGAAGCUGGCGAAGCGCGAUGGUGAUUCUGUUCUCAGUCUUCGAGCUAUUCAGAAGCGAAAGGAGUGCGGCCAUGAUGGCGUGCUUGUUGUUACCCUGAGCAACUCAGUCACCAAAGACGCCUUGUUGCGUACCGGAUACAUCGCGUCCAACUACCAGUUCCAGUUCGACCAGCCUGCACAGGCCGGUGCCUUGUACACAGCGGGAUUUUCUCUCUGCCCCAAUGGCUUGAUGGCUCUGGGAAACUCGACUCAGUUUUGGCAAUGCAAGUCAGGCGACUUCUGGAACUUGUAUGACCGCAACUGGGCUCCGCAGUGCGACCCGGUCGUUCUCAAAGCUAUGCCCUGCGGUCCCGGCUCCGAUGUCAACAGCCCAGGUGGUGUGGGGCACGUUGUCGGUACCAACAUUGUAACAACAACGAUCGUACGCCCUAUUGCCGACGGCCAGCCACAGGUAAUCACUACGGUGGUGCCAAUAGCUAUGUGUCAGAUCGGCGAUGGACAAGUUCAAGCCCGCACUACCCCUUGUGCUAGUCUCUCUGUCCCGCUCGUAUCGGCCCCUCCGGUGUCCCAGAUUACGGACGGCCAGAUCCAAGUUCCACCGCCUAAUGCCGGCCCAGCCACAACCCCGGCCGGUACAACACCAACUCCCGCUCCAACCCCGAAACCCACCGAAGGCAUGAUGACCCCGCCCGCACAGCCGUCUGGGCCGCCUGUUGCAUCUCCUCCUCCAGCUGCUCCUCCGAUAAACGCCGGAGUUAAUACUCAAUGGAGUGCCCUAUCGUGGGUCAUGUCUGGUGUUACUGUGUACACGGUCCUAUUCUGGCUGUGA